UUUUGCAUUUUCUGAGUAGCGGCUGCAUCCGAGCGGAAUUACAAACUAAAAUCAUCACUACAAGUUUUUUUUCGACCAACGUGUCCGAAUCGCAUCGUUCAGUGAUUAAUAGUUUGUAGUCUGUAAAAGUUAUUGCGACACUUUGCCUCCUCACAUGUUUCAAAUUGUGUGAUGCCAGUUCGCUCUGCUAAUCCGAUACGCGCUAGAAGUUUGAUCCGAGACAAUUUGGAGAAACAGGCUGGUUGUCUAAAUUUAAUCCACUCCAGAAUGCCGAACAUCAAAGUGUUUUCGGGCACCUCGCAUCCGGACUUGGCCCAGCGGAUCGUCGAUCGCCUGGGAAUCGAUCUCGGCAAGGUGGUUACGAAGAAGUUCAGCAAUUUGGAAACCUGUGUGGAAAUUGGGGAAUCGGUGCGCGGCGAGGAUGUGUACAUCGUGCAGUCAGGAUCCGGCGAGAUCAACGAUAACUUGAUGGAGCUGCUGAUCAUGAUCAAUGCGUGCAAAAUCGCCUCAGCCUCUCGUGUUACAGCUGUGAUUCCUUGCUUUCCAUAUGCCCGCCAAGACAAAAAAGACAAGUUGGCAGGCAGUGAGGAUAAUGCGGAAAGCAAGAAACUAGCCAAGAAAAACUACGAUUGGAAAUUUAGGGCCAAUGCACAGAGUCGUGCGCCCAUCUCGGCCAAAUUGGUGGCCAACAUGCUGUCCGUAGCUGGAGCGGAUCACAUCAUCACCAUGGAUCUGCACGCCUCACAGAUUCAGGGCUUCUUUGAUAUACCAGUUGAUAAUCUCUAUGCCGAGCCGGCGGUACUCAAGUGGAUCAAGGAGAACAUUCCCGAGUGGAAGAACUCGAUCAUUGUGUCGCCCGAUGCUGGCGGUGCCAAGCGUGUCACCUCGAUUGCCGAUCGCCUGAAUGUGGAGUUCGCUCUGAUACACAAGGAGCGCAAGAAGGCCAACGAAGUGGCCUCCAUGGUCCUGGUGGGUGAUGUCAAGGAUAAGAUUGCCAUUCUGGUCGACGACAUGGCCGACACAUGCGGCACCAUUGUGCAUGCCGCCGAUCGCCUGGUGGAGGCCGGAGCCACCAAGGUAUAUGCCAUUCUGACGCAUGGCAUUUUCUCGGGUCCUGCGAUCUCGCGGAUCAACAAUGCCUGUUUCGAGGCGGUGGUGGUGACCAAUACCAUACCACAGGAUGGGCACAUGCGGGACUGUCCCAAAAUCCAGUGCAUUGAUGUCUCGAUGAUGUUCGCCGAGGCUGUCAGACGGACACACAACGGCGAGAGUGUCUCGUAUCUCUUCUCAAAUGUUCCAUACUAAAAAAAAAAACAAACACAAACAACCGGCAGAAAAACCAGCAAACGUUUGAUAAAACAGCAACCAGAACACCGUUAGCAAGCUACUGCAAAAAGAAAAAUGAAAAACAACAUUAAUAGCAAUUUGUAAUGCAACCCACAACAAUUCGAACCAACAUAUUUUGCCAUCAUCAUCGUUAUAUAUUUUUUAUGGAUUAACUAUUGUAAUUAAAGUAAAUGCAAACUCAGUAGAUGGGAAAUCGUCAUUAUGUAAUUAUACUAAAUAGGAGCAUAAAGAUAACACUUAACACCGUAACAACAAAACAAAACAAAAGUACACAAAUGCAAUGCCUUUCCUUUGUAUAGUAAGUUCUUUGUUUAAACAAACUUUUGCCGUUUUCUGAUUUUACAAGUUAACACGAACGAUAAUUCCCAGUUGAUUGGUGUAAACAUUGGCCUGCUCUUAGAGAGAAAUUUAGAUUUGUAGUUUAACACCGUAGAAGAUAUACACCUAAAACACACUCACACACACAACACCCACACACACAUAAAAAAAAACACCCACAUAUACAUCCACACACAAAAACAAGAAAUUGUAAUUUUACACUGUGCAACAACUUUUUGAUGAUUCUUUAUUGUAAGCUCAUGAAGAAAGAAAAACGCAAAAUACUUGCAAGUUCAAAACAAAAUCUAGUAAAAUUAAGUAAAACAAAAAAA